GAAUGUAUUUCAGAAAUGUAUUUAUGCCCAUGUUUGAUUGCCGACCUCUGCUCUUUGCCUCUGUGUGUACGGUGUGAAGGAGAGGAAGAUACUGUUGAUGCUGGAGAGGAAAAUGAAGGAGAUGAAGCGAAGCCAAAGUUAAAGCCUGGUUUCGUGCCUGGCCUGGCAGCUCCAAAAAUCCCAGAUGGAGAAAAAGUAGACUUUGAUGACAUUCAUCGAAAACGAAUGGAAAAGGACCUGACUGAGCUCCAGACUCUGAUUGAAGCUCACUUUGAGAAGCGUAAGAAGGAGGAAGAAGAGCUUCUUAGCCUCACGGAUCGAAUUGAGAAACGCAGGUCGGAGAGAGCAGAGCAGAUGAAGAUCAGAGCAGAGAGAGAAAGAGAACGGCAGAACAAACUAGCUGAAGAGAAAGCGAGGAAAGAAGAGGAAGAGGCCAAGAAGAAAGCAGACGAAGAUGCAAGGAAGAAGAUGAUUCUGUCCAACUUGAGUUUCACUGGAUACAAGCAGACACAGACUGGCACAAAAAGACAAACGGAGAGAGAAAAGAAGAAGAAAAUCCUGAGUGAUCGACGCAAGGAGUUAGACAUUGACAACAUGAGAGAUGACAAACUCAAGGAAAAAGCGAAGGAGCUGUGGGACUGGAUGCGCCAGCUGGAGGCAGAGAAAUUUGAACUCCAGUACAAGUACACAAAGCAGAAGUAUGAGGUCACUGUGCUGAGAAACCGGGUCAGUGAUCAUCAGAAAAUUUCGAAGGGAAGCAGGAGCAAGCGAUGGUCUGAGGAAGUAACAUCUGACAUCAACUGGGGGAAAACGUCUGACAAUGAAAUAACAGAGUGACAGAAACUGAAUUACAUUGUUUUCGAAAUACUUGAACAUGCAAGAACAAAGUUACAAUUAUGAAUAUAACCUAAGAUGCUCUUAAACAAGCUACCUGUGAAAUGAUGUGCAUGCUGAGUUCACCUGCAGAAAUGCAGUAGUAUAACAAAGUUUCUGAUUGUAGACUGAUCAGGCGAUGUGUUGCAGCUUCUGUUUAUUUAAGGGAUUUGAGGCGUGUAACCUAGUAUAAUGGUUUCAGUGACUGAAAGGAUAAUAACCACUGAAUGUGCCACUUAAAAUACUCAAAGUGAUGGAGACACUAAUUAAUUGAAUCUUGUGUGUAUUUUGUGAUUUUGUGACUACAGCAAAUAAAAAAUACUUUAUUUAGCAAACCAA